GGUGAUAGCGGGGAGGAGCGGUAGGCGGUCUUAUCGGGAUAACGGGUCGGAGAGGAGCACAGAGGGGAGCUUUGGCCUUGGGGUGCGCAUUCCGCGGACGGUGUGAGGAGAGCGAGCAGUGCGGAGAUGUGGCAGCCGGCGAGCGAGAGACUGCAGGUUUGGCCAGAUCUUUGUAUUCUUGUGUCUACACCAGUCGAGUACUCGACCUAAGUGAACUGCCUGCACUUCCAGACCAUGAUAAAAUCAAAGCUGAACGUAUUGACCCUUCGGAAGGAGCCUCUCCCAGCUGUCAUAUUCCAUGAACCAGAAGCUAUUGAACUUUGCUCCACGACUCCACUCAUGAAGCCACGGCCGCAGGCAGGAUGCAAGGUUACCUAUCUGGGAAAGGUAUCUGCAACGGGAGUUCAGUUUUUAUCUGGAUGCACAGAGCAACCAGUGAUUGAAUUGUGGAAAAAGCACACUUUGGCCAGAGAAGAUGUGUUCCCCUCCAACACCAUCCUCGAAAUCCGUCCUUUCCAAGUGCGACUUCAUCACCAAGACAUCAAGGGUGAGGCUACUCUUCAUAUGGACACAUUCCAGGUGGCCAGAAUUGCUUACUGCACAGCAGAUCACAAUGUCAGCCCCAACAUCUUUGCCUGGGUUUACCGAGAAAUCAACGAUGACCUGACCUACCAAAUGGAUUGCCAUGCUGUGGAGUGUGAAAGCAAGUUAGAGGCCAAAAAGCUGGCUCAUGCCAUGAUGGUGGCUUUCAAAAAAACCUUCAACAGUAUGAAGAGUGACGGACGAAUCCACAAGGACAGCUCCUCUGAAGAGACUGCUCAGGGAUUCGAUUCGGAUGAUGGCUGAAUUCGCUUGGUCCUAUUCCCGGGUUAGGCAUCUACAGUCUGAUGCAGCAGCAGCUGGUGAGAGGUCUGUAUUGGGAAUGGGACCAUGGGACAUUAGCUGGACCGCUUUCUGCAGAGAACUGCAGUAUCUUCGGAGCUGCAUAUAUAUGAAGUGUCUGUUACAAUGCUGCUUUCCCAAAAAUGUGACAACACUUUUUCCUUAACCCCUCUGAUUGGAUCCUGAUGGUUAUAAAUAUUGUUAGUCUAACAAUGACACCAGUUGCCUUGGAAACACAUUGAUCCAUUCCACAAAGAGGGGGUGGCUGUUUUCGAUGGAAGGAAAAUGCUGGAUGAAUUGGACCAAGGCCCAUUUUUAAGAGUAAAAGAAGAAAUUUUUCUUUUAAUCAUUUCAGAUGCAUAUUUUUAUUCACACAGCAUAUGAAUUGUAUAUUUUUAUUUUACCAUGGUAUUAUUAAAAUCAUAACAUGCAACCACGUAUCUACCUUCUUAUAAUAGUGUAGCCCCUAGUAUGGAUUCUGCAGGUUCAGUAUAAGUUGGGGUGUUGAUGAUUUCAUAUUAAAGAAUAAUAAUGCUUUUAGUUUAUUGUCCAGCCUCGGACAGCUUUUCCUAGUUUAGAUUUCCUUGUUCAUAUUUUCCAAAGGUGUUCAUCCCAUGUAAUCAGCACUUUACAGAUGCAGUCUCUGGUACACAGAGGAACCUGUAUAAAGAAGUCGUGAUUGUAAUUGGAACUCAUUGCUAGGAGCAGCUACCAAUACAGAGGACAGGUAUUUGACCGAUUCUAGUCGCUCACUUUAGAACUCAUUUUCAGGUGAGUUUGUGUCCCAUCUCAUCAGGAUUUUGCUUGGGUUUUGAAAUGACAGAAAAAAAAGUCUAGUUGCACAAUGUCCACGUAUAUGUGGGUACGUGAUUAUGAUGUGACUGCUUUUACUGUACUUUGUAUUUUCGAGAACAUUUGACUUGUGUGUAAUUUUAUCUUGGCAUUGUGUGCAAGUGUUUGAAUAUCUCUGUACAAUAACAUGUUUUUCUUUUUAUAAAUGGGCGGGGGAAACGAUACAUAGGAUACAUUCAAAUCGGAAAAGUUUAACACAAUCUUUGCAGGAAACGAACCUAUAUAUAUACUCUUGCUAAUUUGAAUGCACAAUUUUUUUUGACUUGGAAAUAAAAUGUGGCAUGUACAAAA